CUCUACGUUACUAUUUGUAAUUUGCGAUUAGAGAAAAAGAACGUUGUGACCCACGGGUAUUUCAAGACCGUAGUAGACUUCCGCGAGUAGUUACGGUGUAAACCGUGGUCGUUAACGAUUACAGUAAUGGCUGAUAGAAACGAAAAGAUGGUUCUGGAGCUUCUAAAAAAACCUGGAAAUAACGUAUGUGCAGAUUGUGGAACCAAAAAUCCAGAAUGGGCUUCUUAUAAUAUAGGUAUAUUUGUAUGCACACGAUGUGCAGGGGUUCAUCGAAGUAUGGGGGCUCAUAUCUCCAAAGUUAAACAUUUGAAGCUUGAUCGAUGGGAAGACAGUCAGUUAGAACGCAUGAAGGAAGUUGGGAAUAAUGCAGCCCGUCUCAGAUAUGAAGAGAGGGUGCCUCCAUGUUAUCGAAGACCUGUUGAAGAUGACCCACAGGUCUUGGUUGAGCAGUGGAUUCGAGCAAAGUAUCAGCGUGAGGAAUUUUGUCAUCCUGAACGUCAAGGUUAUGUAUCAGGAUACAUGGAAGGUUUCCUUAUGAAGAGGGGUAAAGAGGAUAGUCGGUAUCAUCCACGUAAAUUUGUUUUAUCUGAGGCAGAUGACACCUUAAAGUACCAUGUGAAAGAGAAAAAGGAUCCGAAGGCAGUUUUGAGGCUGUCAGAAUUAAAUGUUGCAUUUGCACCUCAGAAAACAGGAAAUUUAAAUUCUCUUCAGCUUACGUUUAUUAAAGAUGGUUCUACUAGACAUAUAUAUGUGUAUCAUGAUGAUCCUGCAGUUAUUGUUAAUUGGUAUAUGGCUAUCCGGUGUGCUAAACUUCACAGGCUUCAGGUUGCAUAUCCAUCUGCAAAUGAAUCUGAGUUGGUUGGACAUUUGACAAGAGACUUUACUCGUGAGGGUUGGCUGUAUAAGACAGGACCACGUAGUUCAGAUGCAUACAAAAAAAGAUGGUUUACCCUGGACAAUCGGAAGCUGAUGUACCAUGAUGACCCUUUGGAUGCUCAUCCAAAGGGAGAGAUAUUUUUAGGCCAUAUGUUGGAUGGCUACAGUGUUAGAGUAGGUGUUCCACCUGGAACGAGGGAUCAAGGUUUUUCUUUUACUCUUCGCACACCUGAGCGCUCAUACAAUCUUUCUGCUGCUACCGAUGAUGAUCGAGAUGAUUGGAUACAGGCUAUAGACAGUGUCUUGGAGCGCCCGCUUACUCCCCAAGAUAGCUCCAUUGCAGCUCGUUUGGUCUGCAAGCGAGCCUCCAGCAGCACAUUGAAUAUCUUCUCAGCCAGCAUAAACUUGAUGGGAUCACCCAGGCAAAGACGUUCAGUGACAUGUGAUGCAUGUGCUAAUCCAAUAUGAAGUCAGCUUUGUAAUGACUUCAGUCAUAAGGAACAUGACAUACUGGAAAUUGCAAAUACCGAAAGGGACAAAAAUGUGCAUGAACAGCGGUGAAGGCUUUUUACAUUAAAUGUGGAAUUUUAUGGUUUGAUGUAAAAAUAUAAAUAGAUUUUAUGCAGUUCUUAAAGCUGCAGCCUAUUGUGAAAAGUGAACAAGUACAUCUAGUCUUUAUGCCUUAAUGUAUAUUUUCUCAUGAAGACAGAGGUAAUGUCUCAAGUAUGGAUUGCCCAUAGCAGUAAUGGUCUUCCAGUUGUAUAAUUAUAUUAUGCUGAAUUUAAAUAGCCACUAUACCCAUUGCCAGCUAGAUUUAUUUAAUUUUGCACAUUUAAAUAAGAAGAUGCUUCCUAAUGAAAAAUUGUUCAUAAUUGUACAUAUCUUUUAAACUACUAACUCUAAUAUUAUGAAAUAAGAAGUAUACUCAUGAAAAUAAAACAGAUUAGCCCAUAAAAAUUCUAAAAGCUAUUCUGGACCACAUAAUGAAUUGAUUAUCUCUGUAGGAGACUGACAAUUUCAGCAGAUUUUUUAAGUAUCUCUUAGGGAGUUUCUGGCACUAAGAUCAAACCUGAAAUUCUUAGGUGUUAGAUUUUGAGUUCAUUUUUAAAAGAAUGGUUUGAUAUAGUAUAAGGAAUGUAAAGCACUCUGCACACUUGUAGUCAUUGAUGGCUGUGUAAGAACAUAUUAUUUGCUUAUAGUUACAAAUAUUGGAAAAUAUACCCAUUUUAUUUCUAUAUUGUCCCUUAUUAUUGGGCAACUUUUAGACACCAGGUGCUAACAUCACUUUUUUGGAGCUAUGUAAUAAAAUUCCAAAUUUUUUAGCAUUUAAAGAUGGCCUAAAUAAAAACUUAAAAGUUUUCAAAUACAAUAAUGGAUAUUAAAUUUGUAGUGAAACACUGUAAUAAGUUCAACUAAUGUGAAAUAAUGUUUUUUAGUGAUUGUAUGAGUGAAAAAAUCACCAAAUUUAUAACUAUUGUUGUAAUGUCUGACAGUAGUCUGUAAUCAAUGAGAUUUUGUAUAUUACAUAUGGAAACCACAGCUUGUUAGCUUCAUUAUGAAGUAUAUGCUAUUCUCAUUAUGCCUUUCAGCAAAAGUGCGGGGAUUGGAAACAUUUGAAGUUUUAAGAUAUUAAACAACACUGAAAAUUAUAUGGUAAUUUGCAUUCACUGUUGUAGAAUCAGAUAAAAUACACCAUAUCAUUAGAUGCUUGUUUACACUUUUUUUAACGUGCCAAGAAAUAGCGUAAGACUUGGAUGUCACAAAUGUUCCAGUUGUGAGACGGGCUUUUUCUGGUGGCAUUCAGUGGUAUGGCAUACUGGAAUCACCCCAUUUUGUCACUGUACUGGCUCAUUUAUUUCUAUGAAUGUAAACUCUGUGUGUGUGUGUGUGUGUGUGUGUAUAAUGUGUUGUAUGAUGAGUUAAUUAAACAAGUAGCCUGUGGUUCACCUAACUGGUGUAAAAGGGUUCCCAUAUUAUGUUGAGUAAAAUGUAUAUAUAUUUAAUUUUAAAAAAUUAUUUUAAUGAAAUGUAUGUGUGUAAUUGUGAUGUUGGUGAAAUGUUGAUAUGUACUAUAUCAACACACACAUAUAUAUAAAAUCACUGUAUUAAAUGAGUAAUAGGAAACAAAAGGUUUCCCAAAAUUGCAGCAAUAAUUCUUUUAGCACUGGUGUGAUAUUGAUUUCAUUGGCAUUUGCUGUAGUUACACAGAAUACUGGAUGCCUUCAUUGUUCCUUGACUAAGAACUCCUUUUUAGCAGUGUUUGUGUCCCUUUGGAGUGUGUUAAAAUUUCUCCAUAUGCAUGAAACAAUGCAAAUAUGGAUAAACUAAUUUUGAUUAUACUGAAUAAUGUGAUAUGAGAUCUUACAUCACUUGUUAUGAUAUACUUUUAGGAAGUUUUCAUUGGCUUUUGCAUAUUCAUUUGUCAUUGCUGGAACACACUGUUGCACAACAGUGGGAACCAUGGUCACUAUUAGCCACAUUAUUGCAAUUGGAACCAAGGUCAUUAUUGGCUCACAGCAGUGACCUUAGAUCACAUUGCAACAAUGACCUGAGAUGCCACAGUUGCCCUUGUUAUACCUUUCAAUUAAAAGUAAUCUUAGACCACGGUUCCUUUGAGCUGUGGUUAUCGAUGAAGCAGCCUGCUGACGUCUCCACCUGUGGCAUGGUGUAAGAACCUUUGGAAUUGAAGUAUGCUCAUUUACAAUAUUGUUUAUAUAUCUGUAUAUAUCACUUCAUGGGUCUGUAUUUGACAGUGCUGUUCACCAUCAUCAACCUGGAUUUUUAAAUUCACUUUCUGUCAUUGCUGCUAUGGGAAAACAAAUACCCCUUAUACCGGGUCUACAAUUUAUGCUGUAACGGCCUUGCUUGCAUUGCGUGCUCGGCCGAGUGCACUGUUGGUGUGGGAUAGAGAUAGCGUGUUCUUCCCGUGAGUCACAGGCGAAUC